GCUGAGUGAGCACAGGAUGGGACACAUCUCUGCACAGCACUCUGAGGAAUUUAAGAAGCCAAUUAAGAUCUACAAAGAUUGUAAUUAUGUCCUGGAUUCAGUUAGGAAGCUACGCAGACCAUAGGACAGAGCUAACUCAGGAAAAUCCUGAGAAGAGCAGUUAAUUAGGCAGAAUGUCCAGAGAUGUGGUGGGGAUGUGGGAGGUGUCUCUGAGUGAUGGGAUUUACCAGAUUGAAUUCGAACAUGGAACCACUACAGGGAGACGGGUCAUUUACAUCAAUGGAAAAGAAGUCUUCAGGAAGGACUGGAUGUUUAAACUGGUGGGCAAGGAGACAUUCCCAGUUGGAAGUACAGGAACAAAAGCCACCAUAAAUAUUGAAGCAAUUACUGGCUUUUCGUAUGAGUACACUCUGGAAAUUAAUGGAAAAAGCCUCCAGUCAUUUUUGAACAAUCGGUCCAAAAUAUCCAGAACCUGGAUUCUGAAACUGGACGGUGUGGACUGCAGGAUAGUACUGGAGAAAGAUAGCAUGGAUGUUUGGUGCAAUGGGCAACGGAUGGAAACCACGGGGGAGUUUUCAGAUGAAGGAACUGAAACACACUUCGCGGUGGGCGACCAUGAGUGCUGUAUUAAAGCUGCCAGCUCUGAGAAGAAGAAGAAGGGAAUAAGCCACUCUCUCUAUGUGGACGGCACAAAGGUUACAGAGGCCUCUGGGUGAAAUUUAAUAAAAAAUUACAAAUCAAGAGCAAAUUAACUAUAAUACCUGUUUGAUUUUUGGAACUCAAAUGAAUUAAAAAGCUACUUCUCCCUUAAUCCUUUCAGACCCUGCAUCCUUUACAAUGAACAUCAUGUAUUUUAUUUAUUUUUGCAUGUUUUGUUGCACAGAAUACUAUUUAAGAGCUUGUUAAUGAUAUUCAUCAGAACAGAUCAUGAACCAGCCAAUGAACAAGUUUAUAAACCAAUGAAACAGUAACUUGUCCCCCAGCUGCCCACUAUACUGGAAAGACAGUUGUACUAGGGCCACUGAGGCAAAGUAACAGCAAAUUUUUACUAAUUUAAUGUGAUUUAGAACAGUUUUUUUUAUCAUAUUUUGUUCUGUGCAUUACAGACAGAAAACAGCAUUCUUACACUUUUUUCCAUCACUGGAGAUAAUUCAGGGCUAAAAGGGUUAAUAAUAAAAAUGUAGAAAAUAAACAACUGAAAAUCUGUGUAAUGCUAUAAACUAUAGUCCAUCUAGAAAGGAAAUGUCCUACUAUAGAAAUAAGGUAAAAUAUUAUAAGUAUAAUUCUAUUAUAGGAGGACAUUAUUAUAGUAGCAUUUUGAUUCUUUUUUUUUUCAUUUGUUUUAAUAGAGUAAUCUGUACAGAGUAGACUCUGCAGAGAUUUGCUUAAAUGUUUACUUUCCUGAAUAUGAAUAUACAAUGCCUUCUCCAAUGCAGUAAACAAACAGAGAUUAGGUUUAAUUAAACCAGAGAAUAAAUUCAGUCUGAAAUCUAAACAGUCUACAUAUUUAAUGAUAAUUCAGCACUAUGCUUUAAAAGGAUUCUAGUUUGUCUGUUAUGUAAAUUGAAAUACACUAUGUGUCUAUCUGGAUAGAAAGUGUUUACUUUUUUAAAUAACAUGACUAAUAGAAUAAAUAAAAAAUGCAUUGUGACGUGAUGUGUGUGUGUUUGUGUGAUUAACCACCCACUGGAGUGAUAGAUAGAGAAAACAGAAAGGCAAAAAGAAAGAGAAAAGAACAUUACAUUAAGUGUCUU